AAUACAGCUACAUCCUCAUAUUUGCUUCUGUAUUCAAGCUGUUGCAAUAUAUUGUUUUGGUUGAAGCAUAUGAGAAAAAUCUGGCCUCAUACAGAUCUGUAGUUAGAAAAGGGAAGAUCUCCCUUGAAAAGGUCUCAGGGAUUCCCAGGGGGUCCUUGGACCCCACAUUGAAACCCCUAUACUAGGGUGUUCAAGCAGCUACAAGUAGUUUGGCACCACCAGAGCAUUAGGCACCAGGUGGAAAGAGAGAAAGCACAACCUCACGGGCCUCCAUGUACGUCUAACCUACCACAUGGAUGGCUUCUUGUGUUUAGACAGAGAUGAAACGGGAGGGCGAGGAACAAAACUGAGUCGUUUGUAGUGAUGUAAAAGAGGCUUCCUAAGCUCAGCCCUCCCUCCUCACACCUGUCAGUGUACCUGGGUUUAGGAGUCUGUGUUCAGGGUUCCUGGUUUAAGAAGGUUGUUUUCAUCAGCAGGCUCGGAGCCUGGGGCAGACAGCUGUGCAUGCCAGGUGGUUUCCAGUGCUGAACUAAAUUGAGAUUGUCUCACUUGUUUAUUCAACAGACAUUUCAUAAGUUUCAACUAUAUACUGGUCCCAGUGCUACAAGGGAAAAAAAGGAUCGUUGCUCCUGAGCAGCUCACACUCCAGCCAGGAAGAGAGAUGUGUAAUAAACAACCCUAAUACAGCGUGAUAAAGCUAGAACAGCAAUGUCUACAAAGUGGCACAAGGCAAAGAGAGCAAUCAUUCUGCCUGAGGUGGAAUAGGGUAGGCCCUAAAGGACAGGGACCAUUUUAGCGGGAUCCUGAAGGAUGCGUAGGAGUUUGCCAGUACACAAGUGGGCAUGAUGAUGGGGAGGAAGCAGCAGAAAGGAAAAGAAAUCAUCAUGAUUACAGACAUAGAUAUGACAAAGCAUUAGGUAUAGAGGAGGGCGGCUGAAAUGAAGGCACCUUGUCAGAGUAGUUCCAUAGAUAGGACCAGAAAUGGCCUCAGACAGAUCUCUAGGACAAUGAGGUUUAAACUUUUUCUGUUGAACAGGAUAUCUCAAACAUACAGACUCCACUUUAGAGGAAAAACACAGCUAUCUCAGAUCCAUGAGAUUUUGUGCUACGCCCAGUUUGAAAACCACUGCUACAGACAAUAAGCAGGGUAACAAGGGAACUGUGCUUUAUUUGGGUGUCAAGUCCUACAAUGUCUGGCCCAUCCUUAGGAGCUCAAUUAAUAGGUCUGGAAUUGAAUGGAAAGUGAACGAUGAGACCUGUGUUUGAAAAGGUUCUCUGACAACAAUGAGGACCCUGGCUCCAGGUGGGUGUGUGAGUGGUGAAAACGCUCAUAAUAUCCCAGGUAAGACACAACCAGAGCUUGAAGUAUAGCAGGCGUGGUAGGAAUGGGGACGAGAUGUUGAGACAUUUCCAAUAUGGACUAUGAAGGGCAGUUUCACUCUAUAUUACAGCGUAAGUUCCUCUGCUGUGGUUUUUCUCCCUCCUUUGUUCCCAUCCCUCCCACUAGUCCCCCUUCCGUUCCUCCUCCUCCCCAUCAAACCCCCAGCUUCCUGUUUUUAAGAAAAACAGUCUCAGGCUUUUCAGUUAAUAGCCCUUGCUUCCCCCAAAACAUUUCAACCUUCUCGCCUUCCCAUGAAGCCUCAACUUCAAUCAAAGGACAACGCCAAUCUGUGAUAUGUGGGGAAAAUGAUUGGGAGAAUGUGGCAGAAUGGGGGCUCUGACAUCCAGCCCAGGUCAGGCCUUUAUUUUUCCCAUCCCCCAUCCAUGAUUUGAAUCUCCAACCUCACAUGCAGAGAAGCUCACUGCCAACUGUUAGGACCCCAAGGAGGGUGCUGACUCUGGGCCUGUUGGAUGCCAGAGGCCCUAAGGCGCUACUGAGACUCUAAGCUGGUCCAGCCUUAGAGCAGAAACAGCUCAGGCAGGACAGAAAGCGAGCUCUAGGACUGGGACAAUACAAAAAAAAAAAAAAACGAGAGCUGGGCACCAGCAAGUCUUUAAGUUCCGCAAAGUGGAAAUGAGAUCUUGAGAUGACAACGCAGCAGGGGAUUGGCUGCAAGUCCUAAGCCACUCCGCUAUAGCAGAAAGAAGCCAUGGGCUGGCGCUUCUGCCGUGAGGUGCUAGCGCUUCUGGAGAACAGAUCAGAGGCAGGGGAAAGCCACGCAGAAGCAGGAGCCAAAGCCCUCAGACCGGCACCAGGGACAGCUUAAUGAAGACAAACUAAAGGGCAAACUGAAAUCCUUAGAAAACCAGCUGUACACCUGUACCCAGAAAUAUUCCCCUCGGGGAAUGAAAAAGGUGCUAAUGGAGAUGGAAGACCAGAAAAACAGCUAUGAACAGAAGGCCAAGGAGUCGCUGCAGAAAGUUCUGGAGGAGAAAAUGAGUGCAGAGCAGCAACUGCAGAGCACACAGCGGUCCCUGGCUCUGGCUGAGCAAAAGUGCGAAGAGUGGAGGAGGCAGUACGGGGCUCUGAAGGAAGACUGGAGGACCCUGGGGAACCAGCACAGAGAGCUGGAGAGCCAACUCCAUGUGCUUCAGUCCAAACUGCAGGGAGCAGACAGUAGAGACAUGAAGAUGAACCAGGCUCUGCAGCUUUUGGAGAAUGAGCACCAGGAACUGCAGGCCAAGAUUGAACACCUGCAGGGGAACAGCGACCUGUGCAGCUCAGACACCCAGCACCUACAAGAUCAACUAAGGAGGUCAGAGGAAGAGAAACUCACCCUGAUGAGCACAGUACAGCAGUUGCAGAGUCAGCUUCGGGAUCAAUCCUUACAGCUUCAAGAACAGGAGAAACUCUUAACAAAGAAAGGUCAGCAAAUUUACUUGCACAAAUUCUAAGAUAUUGCUCUCCCCUCGCCUGCCUAGAGGCAGGGGCAUGGACUACAAUGGCCUCUUGGGAGUCUGCUAGGUCAGGGACCAGGGCAAGCGUUUUAAAGGCUAGUCAUUGACUCUGAGAACACUUCAGCUAUAGUUAGUCUCCUAUCCUGAGAGGUAUAUAAACUGUGAAAAAGGAUUUCUUCCUUCUCCGAAAACAUGUCUGUGUUGAAUAUUUUAAUAAAUUGAUUUUGAACUCAGGAUUUCAUGUCAAUUUUUACACCUGACUUUCCAAAUCACAACCGACUUCCCAAGUCUAAACCCUGUUGCAUCCAACAGUCACCUCACUCUUAGCCCUUAAGUCCGCUGCCUUAGCUUCCUGAGAACAACUCGUCAUGUAUCUGGAGGGAGCAAAAGCUCCACCUUUAUCCACUACACAUGGCCUCUUCUCAUCACAAUCACUGGGAAAGCUACAAGGCAGAAAUUACUACGCCCACAUGGUAUGGAUAAAAAGAAGGUUGGUGGUCAUACAAAUGAAGGACAGCUAAGACAACAAUCCAGAAUUUCUGACUCCUAGUCUAGUGCUCUCUUCACAAGACUAAGUAAGAUUGUCAGGUGGCUGAAAAACCAUCCUUAACCACAUGAAGAUGAAUUCUAGGCUAUGACUGUCAUUCUCAU